AUGCGACAGGAGAACGCCAAAUUGAAGCAACGUAACCAGGAUUUGGAAGAACAGUUGCAAGAAUGUCAAGCCAGGAUCCUCAAAUUCACUCUGUCGAGCGACCUGAGCGACACCACUGUUUUGCAAGAGUUCGUCAAGAUUCGGGACAACCUCUCCAAUUGGGUUGAAGGGCUUCCGGAAAUAUGCACGGGCUUUGAUACUCAUUUGGAAUGCGCGUUGAAAGAAUUUCAGUGCUACCUUCAUAUCGUUGGAGGCAUAAACAGCUAUCCGCAAGGGGUCCUCGAGGUCCAGUCUGAAUUACUGAUGCAUGUAGUGUUCUGCCGUCUCGAGGUAGGACUGCUCAAGGCCUCAGUCCCCGGGAUGCUGGCAUCGGAUGAGGCGCUCUUAAGUGAUCUUGAUGCGGGAAUGGUAUCACUACAGUCCAAGAAAGAUAUCGAAAAUCUAAACCUUUGGAAAACAAACACCAUUAGGGCUUAUGUUGCUUGCCAAAGGUACGAAAGAGGUGUCAAUGAGGAGUACAAUGGCAUAAUUGAUAAAUUGUACAACCUUUUCACGUGUUUUGACUUUGAACACCACGUCAAUUGGAACAAUAAAAUGGAAAGGUUGAGGGAUGAUAUUCUGGAGCCAGCUGCAAGUCUCGCGACAAAGAUGAGCAGUUCGCCCUCGCGAUACCGGUGGGAAUGGUAUCACGAGGCACACUUUCCUCAACGAGUCGUACGCAAGUACCAUCUGGAACUGUUCAUCGUGCAAGAUGCCCGCACGCAUAAUCGAAUCCCUAUAGCGAAUGUAGAGACUUUGCCGGAUGAAACCGCGAUAGGUGAGCUCCUUGUCAUCGUUUUCCCGGCAUUGUUUCGCUGUGCGGAUAGUGGACAUGAGGAAAUUCAGAUUGAGAAAGCCGUUAUUCUUGUUCGGGCAAACGAGGACUUGCAAAGACAGAAGAGAUCGGAGGAUAAACCAAGCGUGCUUGGCAAAACUGUUCCCCAGACCUCCAAGGAUUCUGCCCUAGGACGGCUGAACUGA